AAUGGGAUUUGAAAUAUGGAUCUGAAUGGUAAACGCAACGGUAUUAAAUGUAUUAAAACGGUAUUAAACGACAAAUGAUAUAAACUGUGCUUUCAAACUACGAACCUUUGCGCUACUAUAUGCUACUGUUUUGUGGCUACUGCUACGUAUAAUUCAGAGAUGUUCUCAUUCUUUAUCAUACAACAGCAGCAUCCAACCUAACCUUUUGUGCAUCAUGCAGUACUUUACUUUGAUUAAUACCGUUGCGUUUACCAUUCAGAUCCAGAUUUAACUAAUUUCGAAUCGCAUACCAAUUGCACAGCCUACUUUGAAGCUCACGUCGUUUCCAUGGAAUUCGUUACAUUACGUUCUAUUAGCAUGCUAGGUUUAACAAGAAUUAUGAACCUCUAUCAGCUGAGUAAAUUACCGCAAAUAAACGACCAUGUUUUUUAAAAUACAUCUAUUUAAUAUUCGAUGCGAAGAAGAAGAAGAAGAUAGGUUGCUCGGUUUUGAAAAUUCCAAACGAUUGCUCUAUUACAAUACGCUUUGCCCUUCGUUGAAUAGAUGACGAAUCCGGGAUUUACAUUUCGUUAAUUUGUUUUCACCUUCUAUAAAAACUCAGUGAGGCAAGUAGGAAAUGCCUUGUAAUGAUUUGUAAAUCAGUAUAUAUGGUACUGACAAUACGGCAAAUGCCGUCAUAAUGGACUUAUACAAUAAAAUAAAAUAAAAAACCUCAGUGAACAGAUUUACAUAUUUUUUUUAAAACUUAACAAAACAACAGGGUAAAACUGAAACAACACGGAAAAUCCGACACGGGGUAAAAUGUCUCUCGGAUAAUCGCCAUCCUGUUUUCGUCAUCCAUCUCCUGUCAAACCACUGAAAUUAUUCUACCUGUGUGCUCGCGAUUAGCUGUUCGAUCAUUUUAGCCCAAUUUAGUGAAAAAGCGUGUUUUUGUUUUUUACAACUAUAGUUACACCGUGAUUGUGAUUUAAUUUUCAAUAUGAUUCCAUUGAUUUUACUCGCUGAAGAGGAAGAUCAAAGGGAAGAGAAGAUGAAUCAACAACGCUAUCGUAGGUGUCUUCGGUUAAACAGAAGCGUGAUUGAACUCCCACGCAACAGUUUUAUACAAAAUUUCCGAGUUUCACAUGAUAUUUUCGCCGAAAUUCUUCGUGAAAUUGAAGGUGACCUUACUCCUGGUACAUCGAUUGGUAUAACAGCCGAACAAAAAUUAGCUGCAGCUCUACGGUUUUUCGCAACAGGUCACUUCCAACAAGGUGUUGGAAAAGAUUUCCACAUACCAAUGGCACAGUCGACGUUUUCUACUAUGUUGACCAAGGUUUUGAACAGUAUGGAACGGAAGCUAUGUUCAAAAUACAUCAUGUUGGAUAUGUCCGAAGCAGACGCAGAAGCAGCAAACCAGUAUUUUAACGAGAAAUCUGGAAUCAGUGGCGUAGUUAUGUGUGCAGAUGGGACACACAUCAGAAUAAAGCGCCCAAAUACGAAUGAGCAUUUCUACUACAAUCGCAAAGGAGUUUUCAGUAUAAAUGCUUUGAUGAUAUGUGAUCACCAGCAAAGAAUAAGAUUUGUAAAUGCAAAAUAUGGUGGAGCCAAACACGAUGCGCAUGUAUGGAACCGGAGCCCUGCGCGUAGUUUUUUUGCGGCCAAGCAUCGCAACGGCAACACAGCCUUUAAGUUGCUAGGUACUAUAUUUUUAAUUCAAUUAAAUCCCAUCCAGAUUUAUCCCACGUUGUCGUUACGCCAAGAAGAUGUUAUGUUUUUAACAUUAAUUAAUAAUAAAUUCUGUUGUUUAAUAGGUGAUUCAGCAUAUCCAAGAGAAGACUGGUUACUCAUACCUGUCAGAGAUGCAAAUCCGAGCUCUGCAGAUGCUCAGUACAACGAACGACACACUGCAGGACGUAUUAUAAUUGAGCGAACGUUUGGAGUUUUAAAAAGCAGAUUUCGAUGUCUUGCCGGAACACGAGAGCUACAAUAUGCACCUUCCAAAUGUGUUAAAAUAAUAAAUGUAUGUUGUGCGCUUCAUAACAUGUGCAUCGAACAUGGAAUAAAUUCAUAACAAAUCAUGGUCGUUUAUUUGUGUUUUACUAACUAAAUUGAGAUACACAACAAUAGACAAGUAAAUGUGGAGAAACCAGAGAUGUGUGAACGAAGAGCUUUGAUUGUCGCAAGGUUGUGUCACUAGUUGAGUGAUGAGUUCGUAAACUUUUGCCUUAUCCGUAGAUCGGUAGCACACUGUGCUUGCGUGUAUCUACUGGUAAAAUAGACUAAACAUGGUGCAGCCAGAAUCGCAUCGUUUAACGUAAUAAAACGUAUUUAGUUCGAGUUGUAUUGUUACAACAUUACACUUGGCCAGUGGCGGAUCUAACGGUGGGCGAAGUAGACAACCGCAAGGCGUCUCAUCCUUUCGAGGCCUCGAAAAUCUGGUUUUGUGUUCUCACACGCUGUGAUAUUGUUUUGUGGUUAAUCACGGAACCCAAAUAUAUAGAUAAUAUCUAUUACUAUUUAUUUCAAUACGACAAUAUUAACGCGACGCGAGCUCUGCAUGAUCGAACGCUACAAACCCGAAUGGCCGGUGAUCGAAAGGCCGUCCCGUGCCAACGUCCUUGCUAGAAUCCAAAAUGAGGGAAACAUGGUUGGGCCCACGAGCCUAGCACGUGGGAUCGCUGGGAUGACAUCUCUUGUCAUCUAAGGAUGUCGCACGUCGUGAGAAGCCCAGAUGACGAUGUCGCGUGACACAAGACGUGUCCACAACAUCUGGUUACUUAAAACAUGCAACACAAUGACAGAGUGUAAGAACACACUAGUAAAGGAGCCUCCACUAGCAUUUCACGCAGCACCUCCAAGAAGAAUGAUUUGCUACUGCUCUCGAUUUUCAAAUCUGCCCCGUGCUGUUCAUGCUCAUGUGAUUGAACUUACACGAACUUGCUUUUGUAUCGUAGCAACCACCUCAUUGAAAAACAUUUCAUGAAAACUCUGCUUGUAUUUCGUGUCCAUUUAUACUCCUUGAUUUUAAAGAAAGUUUUAUAUGACACUUAAUUUCAACAUCAAUAAAAAAAUCAUUUAGGUUAUCACAAAAGAUGGAAAGGAUUUUAUUUUGGUUUAUAUAAACUAGAUUUUUGAAGCUUAACUAUUGCAUUGAAUGCAUACCAUAGUAAACGAACUGGACUUAUAAAAAGGCUGUUUUAAGACGAACAUAGCGUCUAAUACAUGUUUAGCUAAUAGCCCUAUUUACAUCUAGUAUUGCUUAAAGUGAAUGACUCAGAUAAAAUUAAGGAAAAAAUAUGUUGGUAUUACUAAAGUAGGUGAAAUAGAAUAAUAUGAAUUUAAUAUUUAAGAAUAAUAUGAAUAAUAUGAAUUAAUGAAGAAAAUUAAAAACAAGAAAUUAAAUAAAAAUAACAGGCACUAUACUAUAUCACAAGGUUUUAGCGUUUUAGCAAGGAUUUUGGCGUUUCAGGUUUUGAUUCAUUUCACGAAGUUCUUGUAGGAUGAGGAUUUGGUUUUCUGCUAAUGUGUCCAUUUUUGUCACCAUCGAUUUCAAUAGUUCCGUCUGUUGUUCGGCUAAUUCUCUGAUGUCUAUUGUUUUUCUGCGUUUUUGUUGUGGCUGGUUUUCUUCGUCGCUAUCGGUUAUCAAAAUGCUGGACUGUUGAUGUGGAUCCAAUGAGGAAUUGUUAUUGCUGGUACUGGUGUCAGAGAUGGUUGCGGAUGAAAAACUGUGUGUAUUUGGGUCUUGUAGAAACUGGUUGCUAUUGUGAUCUAUGCCGUAUAUGUUGCCUGCAUGGCCCUCGUCAUCGUCUUUAAAGCAAAGGAGGAGAGCAAUUCUCUCCUCCAAUGCGGUUAACGGCACUGCAGUCGAGGGGCCUGCUCCCGUUGCCGUGAGGUUUCUUUGAAUCUUGGCCCAUUUUUUCUUGGUGCUGUAUUUCAAGUUUUUCCAUACCUACGGGUUUGUAUUACAAGCAUUAAAAUAGUUUCAAAGUAGUACAUAGAACAAUUUAUUUUGCUUACCGUUGUCCAUUCCUCUGCACUUUUAAAAGGCGGCCCAAACGUGUUUAAUUCUAAAGCAAGCUGUUGCCAGAAGGUUUUCUGGCUACCUUUAGCAAAACCCUUAGCAAUAUCUGGUCGCUCUUCCAUCAGGUCGACCAGUUUACCGAACUGGUUUCUUGUUGUAAUUGGUUUACGGUUCCUAAAAAAAAAAUAUAUCAAUUUUCGAAAAUAUACACUCUACCUUAAACACGUUGACUGCCAAGCAUUGUCUUGAAUGAAAGUGAUCUUCAUAUGAUUUACAUUUUGAUACACGAUUCGUAUACCAAAUUCACAUACAUUCUGAUACUUUCUAUCAAAAAUUAUUGCCAAGACAACCAACGUGUUAAAGAAUAAAUUUAAAAAAAAAAACAAAAUACUUUAACUUACAUUUUGUCACUAGAUCACAGAAUUGACGUUGCAAGGAUCACAGUUUUUGAGCGAAUGAGUAAAAUAUGACGCUCUGAUUUAUUUUUUCAUCUGGUCGGUUAGUUUACAGCGUCGGUUUGAGUUCUUGAUUUCUUGGUUC